AUGCUGAACCACGUUCUUAUUCUCUCAAUCAUUGCUUGUGUUGGAGUCAUGGGUGACAUCUUCGGACCACUCUCGGAUCACUUCGUUCAUCAUCUCAACAAACGUCCAAAGAGAAACGACGCAUUGCUCCGUAAAAUCAGCGAAUUCGGAGACACUGGAUCGUUCGGCGGAAAGGUCUUCUCAGAGGAGAAGCUCACAAACACCCCAAUCGUCUUCAUUCACGGAAACUCGGACUCGGCCCUCAAAUUCGGUGAUGCAUCGUUCCAAUCCGGAUGGGAUGAGGUGCUCAAGUACUUCCUCUCCAAGGAUUACACCUUGGCUGAGCUCUACGGUAUCACCUAUGGAGACCGUAACAUUUCGAACUCCUACACCCGACACUUCAAUUGCGAGACUUUGCACCUUCAUCGCCGCUUCAUUGAGUUUGUUCUCCACUAUACCAAGGCGGCUCAAGUCAACAUAAUCGCGCACUCAAUGGGUGUGAGCAUUGCUCGCAAGGUUAUUCAAGGAGGAGAGUUUAUCUCCAAAACUGAGAAGUGUGAUCUCGGACAUGAUCUCUCUCAUCGUAUUGGAACUUUCAUCUCCAUCGCUUCUGCCAACUACGGAAUGUGCCCAUGCCAGCACGCCUUUGCCUUUCCAGCCUGUGGAGUCGAGACUGGAUUCUACCCCGGAUCAUGCUCAGACACCGCCUGCUCCUCUGAGGACCCAAAUGUUUCUGGAACUUGUGGAGAGAUUUCGUACUCCAGCUAUUUGAUGAACUUGAACAAGAACGGAAAGAAAGACGCCACUUUUGUUGCCAGCUUGUGGAGCGAUGACGAUGAGAUUCUCGGAAAAGGAAACAUGGUUUGGGGCCGUAAGACUUCCGUUGUCCCACACUCCGAUAUGCGCAAGGUCUACAAUGAAUUGAGCCACAACGAAGUCAAGACUCUCACCGCCGCCGACCAAUACAACAUCAUCCGUAUGAAUGACCAAAAAUUCAGCGCCACCGAGACCACCGAAUACUAA